GAACAUCACAUAGCCUCUUCAGUCUAUGCACAUCACACAGUGGGACAUAAUGGGUUUCUCUAUUUUCCACCUUAUCUCAUUGUUUCUUCUUUGGUCUUCCUUGCUUCAAUCAUCCCAUGCCAUUAAAAUGUCUUACAUUGUAUACUUAGGAUCACAUUCUCAUGGUCCAAACCCUUCAGCAAGUGAACUCGAGUCAGCAACAAAUUCCCAUUACAAAUUAUUAGGCUCACACUUGGGAAGCCAUGAGAAAGCCAAAGAAGCUAUAUUUUACUCUUAUAAUAAACACAUCAAUGGUUUUGCUGCUGUACUUGAAGAGGAACAAGCAACAGAGAUAGCAAAAAAUCCAAAUGUAGUGUCUGUUUUUAUGAACAAAGGGCAUGAACUACAAACCACAAGAUCUUGGGAAUUUCUUGGGCUAGAGAGUAAUGGAGUGGUUCCCAAAAACUCCAUUUGGGAGAAGGCAAGAUGUGGUGAGGGUACAAUCAUUGCUAACAUUGAUACAGGUGUUUGGCCUGAAUCUAAAAGUUUCAGUGAAGAAGGAAUGAACCCUGUCCCAUCAAGGUGGCGUGGGAUUUGUCAACUUGAUAAUUUUAGCUGCAAUAGGAAACUGAUAGGAGCAAGAUUCUUCAGCAAAGGUUAUGAGUCAAAAUUUGGAAAACUGAACACAUCCCUUUAUACAACACGUGAUGUAUUAAACCAUGGUACCGCAACUCUGUCAAUUGCUGGAGGUAACUUAGUUCAAGGAGCAAGUGUUUUUGGCUUUGGCAAUGGCACUGCAAAGGGUGGUUCCCCAAGAGCCCAUGUUGCAGCCUACAAGGUAUGCUGGCUUGGGACCAUUCAGAUUGAAUGCACUGAUGCAGAUAUCAUAGAAGCUUUUGAGGCUGCUAUAAGUGAUGGGGUUGAUGUAAUUUCCUGUUCCCUUGGUCAUCCUACUCCUAAAGAAUUUUUUGAAGAUGGGGUUUCCAUAGGGGCCUUUCAUGCAGUUGCCAAUGGUAUAAUAGUAGUUGCUUCUGGAGGCAAUAAGGGACCAGAACCUGGAACCGUAACUAAUGUGGCACCAUGGGUUUUCAGUGUUGGUGCUAGCACAAUAGACAGAGAUUUUGCUAAUUAUAUAGCUCUUGGUGACAAGAAGCACCUAAUGGGAACUAGUCUUUCAACUGGCUUGCCAUCUGAGAAGUUCUAUUCUUUGAUCAGUUCUGUAGAUGCAAAAGUUGCUAAUGCAACAAUUGAAGAUGCUCAAAUCUGUAAGAUUGGAACUCUUGAUCCUAAGAAGGCAAAGGGAAAAAUCUUGGUUUGUCUCCUAAGGGAGACUGUUGGAUUAUUUUAUGCGGAGGAACAAGCUCUUUCUACAGGGGCAGUAGGACUAAUUUUGGCAAAUAAUAAGAAACGUGGUAAUGACAUUAUAGCAUAUGCUCAUUUGUUGCCUACUUCACACAUCAAUUACACAGAUAGUGAAUAUGUUUAUUCCUACAUCAAAGGCACCAAGACCCCCAUGGCUUACAUGACCAAAGCAAAAACUCAACUAGGAAUAAAACCAGCUCCAAUAAUAGCUUCAUUUUCAUCUAGGGGACCUAACACCAUCCAGGCAAAUAUCCUCAAGCCUGAUAUCACUGCACCAGGUGUGGACAUUCUUUGUGCAUCCUCAGAAGCUGUUAGUCCAACUAGUCUUGCAUCAGAUAAUCGUAGGGUUCCAUAUAAUAUAGAGUCAGGAACUUCUUUUUCUUGCCCUCAUGUCUCUGGCAUCAUUGGCCUUCUCAAAAUACUUCAUCCCAAUCGGAGUCCUGCAGCCUUAAAAUCUGCAAUCAUGACUACUGCAAUGACACUAGAUGACAACAACAGACCAAUUUUGGAUCAAUCUAAGGAAGAAGCAACUCCAUUUGCUUAUGGUGCAGGACACAUUCAACCAGAACUUGCAAUGGACCCUGGACUUGUAUAUGAUCUAAACACUGCUGAUUAAUUGAACUUCCUAUGUGGUCAUGGUUACAAGAAGACACAAAUUAGGAUGUUUUCUAUGAAGCACCACACUUGUCCUAAGUCUUACAGCAUACUAGAUUUUAACUAUCCUUCAAUCACAGUGCCUAAUCUUGGGAAACACUCUAUAAAAGUUAGCCGUACAGUUACAAAUGUUGGGUCACCAGGUACAUAUCAUGUGUAUGUCAAGGCACCUUAUGGGGUUUCAGUUUUGGUUGAGCCAAGAUCCUUGACAUUCAAUAAAGUUGGUGAAAAGAAGACAUUCAAGGUUAUUUUGAAGGGCAUAAAAGUACACAAACAUGCAUCAGGUUAUGUGUUUGGGGAUUUGUUGUGGUUAGAUGGAAGCCACAAAGUUAAGAGCCCUCUUGUAGUGAAGCAUAACUAGAAGAAGCAUUGGUUUUCUGGUCAGAAAAUGCAGUGUGUUUCUUUCUAUGGCAAAAUAUCCAAAUGAAUCUUUGGAUAAAUAGUGGACAUAUUAUAUUACAUUAGAAAUAAAAAAAGAAAAAGAAAUAACAUAUGGUCAACUUCUCAUCAAAAAAUUAUAUUGUAUAUAUGGGGUCAAUUUUCUUGGCCCUCAUUUUAUUUUGUUAUGAAUUAUGCUUAUUUAUGUAUU